AUGAACAAUCCUUGCAUAGGAUGCAGUGAGAGGGAAAUGCAAGCCCUCCUUGCAUUCAAACAAGGCCUCGUGGAUGACGACAAUCGCCUCCUUUCAUGGGGAAGAGAAGUGCAAAACAAAGACUGUUGCCAAUGGGCUGGAGUCUACUGCAGCAACCACACUGGCCAUGUUGUUAAGCUUGAUCUUGGAUAUGAAUCUUUGCAAGGUACGAUUAGUCCUAAACUCUUUGAGUUGCAUCAAUUGGAGUAUUUGAACCUAGGUUUCAAUAAUUUCAAUGGUUCCUCAAUUCCUGAUUAUUUCGGAAACAUGAGCUCUCUUGCAUAUCUUACUCUCUCUGGAAGCAGACUUAAAGGAGGGAUCCCAAAUUCGUUUGCCAAGUUAUGUAGGUUGCGAGAGUUGCACCUUGAUGGUAAUAGCCUUAGUGGACAAUUUUCAGACUUUAUUCACAUAUUGUCUAAAUGCGCUCAAAACACAUUAGAGAUUUUGGAUAUCUCUAUGAAUCAUGGCUUUAUGGGUUCAGUGCCUGAUCUCACGAACUUUUUAUCCUUGAAAUACUUGUUGCUCAAGGGCAAUAAAUUAAGUGGAAGAAUACCUGAAAAUAUUGGACAGAUGUCCAAGUUGGAGGUUAUUGAUUUUGAUACCCUUCCCAGUUGGCUUUCACAUGGAUUAUACUCUAUGGAUAUCUCUCAGAAUCAAAUUAGAGGAACACUUGGGAAUUGGAAAUCGCCGUUUCCACCUCAGCUAAAUGGUCACGGGAGGUGCUUGAAACUCUUUCUUGCAUUUGCGCUACUUUUAUUGCUACAAAAUGUCAAAGGAGGAGAAGUUGGCCGCAGCGACAAGGAUGCUAAUGCGACCGGGACUUGCGUAGAGAGGGAAAGGCAAGCACUCCUUGCAUUCAAACGUGGCCUGGUGGAUGAGUACAACAGCCUCUCUUCAUGGAGUUCGGAAUCCCAUAAACAAGAUUGUUGCAGAUGGAUUGGAGUCUCUUGUAACAACCAUACUGGCCAUGUUAUUCAACUUGAUCUUGAAGAUUAUCUUUCAAAAGGUAAGAUGAUUAGUCCUAAACUGAUUGAGUUGCAACAUUUACAACAUUUGGACCUUGGAGAAAUUGAUUUCAAUGGGAGCCAAAUUCCAGAUUCUGUUGGUUCUCUAACUAAUCUAAGGUAUCUAGAUCUCUCUUCCUGUAAUUUUGGUGGUCAAAUUCCAAGUCAGAUUGGAAACCUCACGCAAUUGCAAUAUCUCCACCUCGGCGGUAAUCAGUUUAAUGUAGAAAAUAUUAAUUGGCUCACUGGUCUUUCUUCUUUAACCGAUUUGGACCUAAGCCAAGUCAAUCUCAGUAAUAUUUUCGAUUGGCCGGAAGCAGUUAAUAAGCUCCCUAAACUAAGACACUUGGAUCUAAGUGACUGCAGUCUUCCUCCUCCUCCUCCUAGAAUUCAUUCCACAUCUUUUUCUAACAUAAAUUCUUCCACAUCUCUUACACAUCUUAAUCUCAGAGACAACCAUCUCACUUCUUCAAUUUUUCUUUGGUUGUCCAACUACACUACUGCAAGCCUUGUUGACCUUAACCUCUCUAAAAACAAUCUAACCGGUUUAAUUCCUGAUGUCAUUGGAAACAUGAGCUCUCUUGCAAAUCUGGUUCUCUCUGAUAACCAGAUUGAAGGAGGAAACCCGAAUUCGUUUGCUAGGCUAUGUAGUUUGCAAUUCCUAGAGAUUCCAGGAAAUCGUCUGAGUGGACAAUUAUCCAAGUUUGUUCAGCUUUUGCCCACAUGUGCUCAAAAUUCAUUAGAGACUUUGGAUCUCUCUCACAAUGAUCUUGCUGGCUCAUUAACUAAUCUUACAACUUUUUCAUCUUUGCAAUUCUUGUCUGUGAAUAAUAAUCAAUUGACCGGAAGAAUACCUGAAAGUAUUGGGCAAAUGUCUCAACUGGAACACAUCGAUUUUGGCAUGAACUCUUUGGAAGGGGUGGUACCAGAAACCCAUUUCUCCCAUCUCCACAAAUUAAGUUCUUUGGAUUUAUCCUCUAACUCACUUGUUUUAAACUUCCCUGCUGAUUGGGUUCCUCCUUUCCAAUUGGAUACCAUAUUUUUGUCAUCUUGCAAGAUGGGUCCACAUUUCCCAAAAUGGCUUCAAACACAGAAUGAUUGUUUGGCCCUUGAUAUUUCGGAUGCUGAGAUUUCUGAUAUCCUUCCAAGCUGGUUCUGGAGUAUGUUCUGUAACUCGAUAUUUAUUAAUCUCUCCAACAACCAAAUCAGAGGAAUUUUUGCAAAUUUGACCGUGAAUUUUGCAAUCUUCCCAGAAGUAUAUUUGAGUUCGAACCAAAUACAAGGUCCAAUUCCCUCAACUCUAUUACAAGCCUCAUAUUUGGAUCUCUCCAAUAAUAACAUUUCAGGAUCGCUUUCUUUCUUGUGUGCAAGUGCAACGAGUUUAACGUUUCUAAAUCUCUCAAGCAACAGUGUUUCUGGAGAACUUCCUGAUUGUUGGAACAAGUUGGAGAAUCUAGUCAUGCUUGAUUUGAGUAUGCUUUUUCUGGAAAAAUUCCGACGACAAUAG